AAAACAUUAUUCCACGUCAAAAAAGUUCUAAAAUAAAUAGAAGGCUAACUUCAUUUCAUUAAAUUUGAUAGAUAAAUAUUCUUAUCAUUUCAUCUAUUCUUUUAUUAGUUACCAGUUAUCGUAUUUUUUUGUAGGAUGUUAAAUUCAUGCUUUAUAUUUGUCUCCAAAUCUCAGUCUGAAUAAGGUACAAACAUAAAUGAUAAAUCUAUUCACACAUGUAAUUCUUACUCAACCUAUAUUAGGCUUAUAAUAAUUGGUCCAACAUCGUGGUCACUUGUGAAGAAGAUCUUUUUUUUUUUUUGCCAAGAAUUUGAAUUUCAUAUAAAUAUGAGAAGAGUUUGUAAGAUUUUACAAAAUAUUUAAAGCUAGAUGGGAUGCACUUUGGCAAAAAAGGAUACAAACAAAGUGUAACCCAUAACAAAAGACUUUCUAAUCAUUCAUCAGCCAAGACAGCAUAAGGUUCUUGAAACUCUUCUUGCUGUGCUGUUUCCCCAAGAUUGUAUCUCUGAUAUGGCGAUCAAUGAGCUUAUAAAACGUUUGAGGUGUAGACGAGAUUCCGUCAUGCAGACGUUUGUUCCUUUCCCCCCAGAUACUAUAGAUAGUUGCAUGAGCAACAAUUUUUUUAAGUAUCAGUGGAGUAGUGGAAUCCCUGAGAGAUAACCACUCAAUAAAAGAUGUCCAAGUGAUGAAGCAUGAGUGAGUAUACCCCAAUCUACUCAGAUUCAAAACCCAAACCUGUUUACUGAUAUCACAACGCAUGAGCAGAUGGUCACGGGUCUCCGGCGCUGAGUCACAGAGGCAACAGUUUGAUGAAACUCCAAGGCCCCAGCUUGCGAGCCUCACUCUAGUUGGCAUCCUAUCGUUCUGUGCGAUCCACAUGAGGAAAGCAUGUCGAGGAGUUGCCAUUUUGAACCAUACACUGUUUGACCAAGUGACUGCAGGAGCUCUGUUUCUAAUCGCCUCCCAUGUGAAGAAGAUCUUGAGUUUGUAGAAAAAGUCUCCAAGAAAACUGAUGCUCUCUCUCCAACACGAUUAGUCUUGUGAAGAGGCAGAGAUGACACAACUGACAUCACCUAUAGCUGAAAAAUCUUUCAGACUCUGAUGAUGAUGAGACCAAUACGGCAAUAUUUUCUAUCAUUAGUAACAAGCCUCACUGUAAAAAGAAUAAGAAUCACAAAAAUAUAAUAUCUCCUAUAUAUUAAAAGAAAAAUACAUUAUCAUUUAAUGCUUUCAUAUUACAUUGAACAAGUGUAAGCUUCACAUCAAUUUUAAUUUGAAUAUGCUAACGUGUCAGCCUUACAAACAUACUUUUUUUUAACUCCACCGCUGACAAAUUAAUGUGUUCACACUAAUUUUUUUUUUUUUGUCAUUAGAAAUUCAAACGAGUUUCAUCUCAAAGAGUUUAUGGCCAAAACAAUGCCACACUUAAAACAAAUAAAAUGGAAACCAAUAGGCCCCAAAAGGAAACACCCAAACAGUCGGGAGAGAACCAGAACCUUGCCUUGAAACUCAAGCUAACGCAGAAGGCAGCUAAAAAGGCCAAAUAUAUCAACAAGUAGAUGCCUCUCUAAUUAGUAAAUCAGACAACCAACGGGGGCCACCCGCAGCGACAUACGACUGAACCAGAUGAUCCCUGGUAACACUAUCAGCAAUAGCAGCGGCUGCCUGGUUGCAGGUGUCAGACACCAGAGAUAAACUACUCUUUGGCACCGAGUAGAUAUUUUUGAAAACAUCAUAGCACAUAUAGUAGUAGGAUGGGAACUCUACCGGGUUAUUAAGAGCAUUUGCAGCUUCCUGCGAGGAGAAUUCAAAAACUAUAUCCUUGAGCUUGAGAUCCUGGACUGCUGUUGAUGCCCAAGACAAGGCCAAAAGGGAAGCAUGAGCCUUUGAAACAACUCCACUAAAGGAUCUUCUACUAUGAAAUAAAACCUUGCCCCUUGUGUUCCGAAUGAUCCAGCUUGCACCGCUAACAGAUGAAGGAGCCGCCCAAGAUGACCCGAUGUUACAUUUCAGGAAUGAACCUUGAGGACGUAACCAAGUAAUUGUGUCUCCCGGACCAAUAGGUGAAGGCUUUAGGCACUCUGGAAGCAAACCCUGUAAAUUCAGCCAAAUAGUAGCUUCUUCUCUCGCCUUGGUGAUAAUCUCAAGCGCUGACGACUGUACUUGUUCAAAACAUAGCUUAUUUCUUGCUUUCCAAAUGUGCCACAACACCCAGGGAAAAGCCAGACGAACCAAACCACCUAUGGUCUGUCUCUGACACACUAAUUUUUUUAAACAAUUUUUUCCUGCAUGUUUAACAUUUGUAUUAAUGAACUGAAAAUUUAUUUGUACAACUACUGAAUAAUAUCAUUCUGAAAGAAAGAAAUUACAAAAUUAUUAAGAUUCACAUCAACUAAAACGCUGGAAUAAGAAUGUUUUUAGAAAUUGAAAGUUUCAUAUCUUGCCGAACUUAGUAAUGGUUGAGGUUUUUGUACACAAAUGCAAUAAAUAAUUGUGAUUGAUUAUAAAUUAAAGAAAUUGAGGUUAAAAAACACCAAACACAAAGUUGGACUUUUAGUUUAGCCAAAUAUUGCUUUUUUUACGGAAUUUUCAUAUGAGACCAAGAAUUAGAAACAUAAUCAGAUUGCUAGAAAAAAUUAGAAAUUAAAAAGUUUUAAAAGAAAAAAGUUCAUGAAAUCGAUUAAAAACAUAAUUCUGGUGCCGACUAAAAAGAUCACAUUAUUUUUCAUGCAACUCUAAAAUUUUUCACUCUAUUAUAUCAUAUUUGUAUUAUAUUUAUCAAAAUUUAUAAAAAAAAUACACGUUAUUGAUUAUAGACUACGUCAGUUUUGCAACAUGCACAACAAUAUUAACACAAUGUCCAACUAUUUUUAUUGGUAUUCUUAAAAUAUGGUUCAAUAAUUAUGUAUGUUAAAUAAGCUCAGACUAUUUGUUUUACAUUUGUUUAGGUUGCUUUAUAUUAUUAGAAGAAAGUAAGUCUGUGUAAAAUAUCUGGAUCCAAAGAACCAAACCAAAGUAGAUUUGAAAAUAAUACUAAGCAUAAACUAAAACUGAUUAAGUAUUCUGAUGGAUCUAAAAGUUUUUUUUUUGAAAGUCUGAUUAAUUAUGCUAUUACAAUGAUGAGAACGUUACAUAGACGAUUUUACAGCCGACAAUUCUACCACCUUGUGAGAAUACACGCCUGACUGCAUCAUUCCGAGCCGUCCUAUGAGAUCCAUGUUCGAUGGUACGCCUGCACCAAACUGAAGAUCUCUUGUAACCUAUUUCUCCAUAAUCUGCAUAAUUUGGUAUUUUCUGGGGUUUGAACCCCAGACCUCCGGAUGUAGAAGCAUUAAUGAACCCUUAGUCAAACCACUGGACCAAGGGGCUUAAUGGAUCUAAAAGUUUAAUAUCCAGAUAACCAGAUAUGAAUUUUAUCUACACUAAAAUAUUUUGGAUACAAAAAUUAUCUAAAUCACAAUUAUAUACUUAAAUAUGUUAAUUAUUUUAAUUUUUUUAUUUAUUAGACAUUCAAAAAUAUGAAAGUAUCUAAAAAUUAUCAACAAAGUCACAAGUAAAUAUCUAAAAGUAACAGAAUAUAUUCAAAAUAUUGAAAAUGUUUAUUUGUGCUCCAUCCAAAUAUUUAAAUUGAACUAAUUUUUAUGUAAAUUGAAAUAUUUAGUUUUAUAUUAUUCAUAUUUUUAUAUUUUAUAUUAUUUUAUUUUGUAUUUUUAAGAUUUAAGUAUAUUUAGAUUUUUGUUAAGAAAAUACAUAAUUAAAAAUGAGUAUCCGAACUCGAAUCCAAACCGAACUUUCAAUGAUUUGAACCAAAUCCAAACCAAAAUUUAUAAAUAUCCGAAUAAGAUUUAAAUUUUUAACUCUAAAUAUCAAAAAUCCAAAUAUAUCAACUGAAUCUAAUAAAUUAUUUUAUUCUGAGCACAACUAGGGUUACUAUCUAGUUGUUAUUCAUCAACAAAAACAAUGGAAUCAAUGAACCAACAAAAUCUCUCUCAAAGAAAUAAGAUACAGGAAAAAAAAAAAGAACUGACCUUGUCCAUAAAAUAGAUAAAUAAGAUAAAUAAAAAUAAUCAAUGGACAUAUUUAUCUCUUUGAACAUAAUUAUCUUGUUGAAAUAGAUAAAUAAAAAUAAGAUAACCAUAAAUUUAGAAACCGCCCUAGAAAAUAAUUAUUUAUAUGUUUUAACCUAACUUAUAUGUCUAUAGUCUAUAUAUAUAUUACGUUGGUAAGUUAGAAACCCCCAAUUUCUCUCUCAAGAAACACAAAACGAUGACUAUUAUCUCCGACCUUUCAUGGGAUUUGGUUGAGAAGAUACUCUCUAGGGUUCCCAUAAUUUCUUUAGGAGCGGUGAGAUCCACUUGCAAACGAUGGAACCGUUUAUCCAAAAAUAGGCUUUUGUGUAAAGCAGAAGCAAGGAGGCAUCAGUUUCUACGCUUUAUGGUGAAGAACUAUAAGCUUUGUUCAGUGAGAUUCGAUCUCCAUGGAAUCCUCGACGGAGAAGAAUUCGUGGAUCCAUCUAUUAAGGAGAUCACCGUCGUUGAUUCAUUUAAUCAGGUCAAGGUAACCCAAGUAUUUCAUUGCGAUGGCUUAUCCUUAUGUGUUACCAAGGACAAAGAAGAGAACAAAACUAGCCUCGUGGUCUGGAACCCAUAUUUAGGACAAACCAGAUGGAUUCAAGCCAGAAAUGACUACAACAGGUUAGACCUUUAUGCACUCGGAUAUGACAAUAAUCGUAAACACAAAAUCUUGAGGUUCUUGGAUACUGGCUCCUCUUACAAGGUUACGCUGUACGAAAUCUACGAUAUUAGUUCUGAUUCAUGGAGAGUUCUUGAUAUCACUCAGGAAUGGGACAUAAUGUUGUAUCAUCGUGGUGUGUCUUUGAAGGGAAAUACUUAUUUUUUUGCAAAAAAAAAAAUACUACUCGUAGAUGGACCGGUAGAAAUAGCCGAGCCCCAUGCUAUCUUACUUUCUUUUGAUUUUACAAAAGAGAGAUUUGGACCGCCUUUGUCUCUACCGGUUGAGCACUAUGUUGGCGAUACUGGGGCACUCUCUUCUCUUAGAGACGAGAAACUGGCAGUCUUGUAUCAGCCCACAAGUAUGUCUGACGUGCAGAUUUGGGUGACGACUAAGAUUGAGCCCAGUGCAGUGUCUUGGGUUCCCUUUUUAAAAAUUGACGUGGAACCAUUCACAGGUUUCGGAUUCCAGUUUCACCAUGAUGGUGCCAGUUUCUUCAUUGACGAGGAGAAGAAAGUCGUUGUAGUUUUUCAAAUAGACGAAUCUGAAAUGACCUGCUAUGACACAGCUUACCUCAUUGGGGAGAAUGGAUACUUUGAAAAAGUAGGUCUUGGAGAAGCUGAGAAACCCCAAUGGUCGGCUAAUAACGUGGGAGAAUAUUGCCCACUUGUGUGCUCUUGUUCCUUUGUUCCAAGUUUAGUGCAUAUCAACAACGAAUCUGCAGGAAGCUAGACUUAAAAACCAAAAAGGAAGGAAACAAAGAAGAUCGUCACUAACUAUGAUGACAAUUACUUAUUUGUUUUUUCAUCUCUUCCAUUUGUUUUUGUUUUAUUUUUCAUUUUUAAAUCUCUUUUGGACAAAACUAUUGGUAAUUUCUAUUAUUUAGUUAAACAAGUUUUAGAUGAUCAGAAAUUUUAUCGUCGGAUUUGCUCUCUAUCCUUCACCGGGUAAAUGAAACGAUAUAGUAGCCAGCCUCUCUGUACGUAGCUUUACUUACGAUUUUUUUGGUAUCUUUACUUAAGAUUAUAUUCAAACAAUAAUUCACGCAAAGUAGUAUAAUGUAUUCUCCCAACAACCAUGUAGUAAGUAUGUGGUACCCUUAAAUUGUGGAAAGUCGGAAGUAAAGCAAGCAUCAAAAUAUUAUCGCCACUCCAAAUCUAAUAGUGGAAACUUUGACAGAGUAGCAUAAUAGAGUCCCCGCUGAUCUGUCAUCUUUACUGACAGAACUGCAUCCAGGACGUUCAAGAAGAAUGUGAUUAUAACAGGUCAGCCAUAUGAAUGAGAAUGAUCAGAGUAUCAUUGCAUGAAACUGCUAAUGGAUCCCAGACCUUAAUAGGAAAAGCUAGCAAGACCUUAAGUAGAUAUAGGAAUUAAUAACAAAUUUACAGCAUUAGUUGUUUAUUAACAAAGUAUGAAAUUGUACCAUCCACAUGAUUGCCAAGAAAAGAGAGCAGUUUAUCAAUGGAACUUUCCCAUCUUUUCAACCUAUAGAACACAAAAAAACUUGUAAAAAGAGAAGACAACAGAGAGUUGGCGACCACAUAACUUAAAGUUUCCUUAAGUGUUGUAUUUUCAUUCAGCAAAAGAUGCUUAGAAGAGAAAAUAUAGACCCUUACGAAAGUAAAAAGGACUAACCUUGGAGUGUUUUCUAACAAGAUAAUGUUCAAUGAAAGUAUGCCGCAAACUAACAAGUAGAGAUGUCAAAUGGGCUUAAUGACCAUGGAUUAACCAAGACCAAAUUCAUAUGGUCUGAUCAUAUUAGAUCCAAGAAUUAAAGUUGUUCAAUUGGACUGAACCCCAUUUAACUCCAAAUUAGAUGAGGUAAAACCAUUUGGACAUGGGUUUUCAAUAAACCUAUCAAUAUAAUGUUUCUAAGUUGAGAAAAAAAAUUAGAAAAUAAAAAUCAGAAAAUAAAAAACAAUGUUUUCCCGUCAAAUUUGUAAAAUCAUGUUUUUUUUGCAAAAAAUCGCAAAAUUAUUUUUUUCCGCCAAAACCACAAUAUCGUGUUUCCCGUCAUAACCGCAACAUCGCGUUUUCCGCCAUAACCGCAAAAUUACGUUUUUAUGCCAAAACCCUAAAAUUACGUUUUUUCUGCCAAACCCGCAAAAUUAUGUUUUCCCACCAAAGGCGUAAAAUUGUGUUUUCCCGCCAAAACCGUACAAUCGCGCUUUUCCCGCCAAAACCGUAAAAUCAUGUUUUCUCACCAAAACAGCAAAAUCACGUUUUCUCGCCAAAUUUGCAAAAUAAUGUUUCUCCGCCAAAACUGUAAAAUAACAUUUUUCCGCCAAAACCGCAAAUCACAUUUUCCGGCCAAAACCAUAGAGUCAUGUUUUCCCGUAAAAACUACAAAAUCAUGUUUUCCCGUCAAAACCGUAAAAAUCACGUUUUCUGCCAAAACUGCAAAAUCGCGUUUUUCCGCUAAAAACUGCAAAGUCAGGUUUAUUUAUGAACCUAAUUAAGCUUGGGCGCUCGGGUUCGGAUCAGGUUUUUUAGAUUUUGGUUCUAUUUUGUAACACCUCCUAGGUCUCAUUCUAAUAAAUUUAUGAGUAUAAAUCAGAUUCUGAUAUAACACUUCGGUUUCAGAUCAGUAUAUAUCCGAAGUAACCAUAUAUCUUUCGGAUUCGGAUUAUAUCGGAUCGGUUCGGAUAUAUCCAAAGUAAAAUCUAAAAAUUUAAAGUAAAACAUAAGAAAUAUAUACUUCUUUGUAUAUAAUGGAGUAUUU